GUUCUUUUCUUGAUGGAAGUGUAAGAUUAUCUGUCAUAUAUACAGCGCGUACCCCCUACUCGAAAGACACGCUAGGAGCAAUCCGUUUGUCAGGUCUGCCAAACCGGCACUGCAGGACACGUCGAUGUCUUUUGCAUUAAGGACAUUAGCUUGCUAACAACGCGGCUUUUCUUGUUGCCCUACGGAAGCUUUUGGCACGAUAUCAUGCGGCUUGCAUCAUUGUCGGCCGCUAAGUAAUUAGUCAGCUGUGCCCUCUUCUCAUUAGCCACAAUGACAGCCAACGCGAAUGCUGCGGGGCCGCUGGCUGGAGCCAGACCUCCCGGAAAGCCGCUGGUGUUCAAGGAGCAUUGGACAGCCGCACUCAGCGACCAGCUUCGGCUCUUCGGCGUGCAACUGAUAUGUACCGGUGGUUCAAGCGCUAUUGCAAAGACGGUUGUUGCGCCACUUGAGCGGAUAAAGAUUCUGCGGCAGGUGCAGCACAUGGCCUCCCUGGAGGGCGCUACUCGCUACUCAGGGGUGGGAGACGCGCUGGCUCGCCUGCCUUCGCGGGAGGGAGGAUGGCGGGCUCUGUGGCGCGGCAACGGCGCCAACGUGGCGAGGCUGGCGCCGGAUGUGGCCUUCCGCUUCGUGGUGCAUGACCAGUUCCGAGUCAUGUUCGCCCCCAUGGACGGCUCCCCACCGGGAGUACCGGAGAAGCUAGCCGCGGGCGCCGCAACAGGCAUCCUCAAAACCGCGCUUUUCUAUCCGCUUGAUCUCUGCCGUACUCGCAUCACAGCAGAUCAAUCCAUUGCCCUGGCAACCCCACCAACACCAGCAGUGCCGGCAGAACCCGUAUUCUACGCACGAAUAGAGGGCCGCGACAUAGCGGUGCCGCGACUUAAGAAGACGCCGGCGGCGGCAGCGGCAGCGGAUUCUGCUGCGGCUAGCAGCAGUACGGCAACCGCUACAGCAACCGCCAGCAGCAGCAGUACGGCAACCGCUACCACCGCCACGGGUCGUACGUACCCCACCAUUCGCGCCUGUUUGGCUUCCACUGUGCGAUCCGAGGGGGUGCGAGGGCUGUACCGGGGGGCGCUGCUGUCGAUGGGGGGCGUGGCGCCGUACCUGGCAAUCAGUUUCACAAUGUACGAUGAGUUACGGAAACGACUGCCCUCGGACCGAGAGUCCACAUCCUCGCUUUGGUACCCCCUGGUCAAGAUGGGGUGUGGGGCGGCGGCAGCGGUGUCGGCGCAAACCGUGGUCUACCCCUUGGACACGGUCCGCCGCUGCAUGCAAAUGAACGGUGCAGCCGGCCAAGCGGUCUACUACGCCUCCGCCUCAGACUGCCUAAAGCAGCUCCUCCGAAACCACGGCGGUGUGCGCGCCCUGUACCGCGGCUGCCUCACCAACUGCCUCAAAACCUCACUGGGAGCGCCCGUACACUUUGUGAUGUACGACGCGAUCAAAAGUGCCGUACAAGCGCUGGAUCCGACGACUGGGG